AUGCUCUUCCCCGAGGAGAUGUUCGAAGACAUGUGUGGGUUUUGCGAAGCUCAGACGGGUGUCGCGGUGCCCGGCUGUGCUCCUGCUGGUGGCGGUGACCCGGAAAUAUCCCCGGGCUGCGACUUCAUGAAGCUGAGGCCCAGCAGAGAAGUCGUGCACUGUGCCGGUGAUCAGGAUGCGGUGCUUGAAGAAGCAAAGGCUGAUGGUGAAAACUGUGUCGCGUAUGUGGCCCUGCAGAAGCACACCUCGUGCUCCGAGUUCUGCGAGGAGAAGGGCUCCACAUGUGAGAUGGCCAUUGACCAGCCGAACGGCCAGAAGUGCGUGGCCUCCGUGUCCAGCUUGAAUGAGAUCGACACAAGCAAAAUCAAUUGUGAGGCCAAGGGCUUUCGAGAUCUCAUCUGUGUUUGCAAGAAGCCGGAUAACCCGGCACCCGGACCGACGCCGGAGGAGGCGUGCGCCGCUCAGCAUGACUUCUCCGUGCAGGAUGCCGCAGACCUGUGCAGAGAGAAGGUGGACUUCCUCAAGGGAGUGGCCUACCCGGGCACCGCAAGCAAUGCAGCUGCCAUGGAAAAGGAGAUGUUUCUGCGUAUGUGCAUCCUGGACGUCUGCUCUGCAGCUCCCGAGGACCGCGAGGAGGUGGCAGCAAAUGUGGCGGACCAGGAUCCAACAGAUCCCCCGGUUGAGCCGGAGACCACGACCACCACAAGCGCCCCAACAGUGGGAGAUGAGUCGUACGUCUUCGGCUUCAGCCCCUACGUGGACUCUUCAUCUCCUUUCCAACCGGAUGGAGUCGUGGAAGUGGAGUCGCUCCCCGACGGCAUGACCCGUCUCUCCUGGAGUCUGACAGGUCUUGACCCUGCCUGUAGCAGCCCAUGCAGCCAGACGAACUGCUGCGGGAUCCACAUCCACGAAGGCAAGAGCUGCGAGGAUGAUGCCGGUGGUCAUUUCUGGGACAGCGCCAUCCCACAGGAUCCGUGGCUGUCCGUGAAGUACGACUCCAGCACGGACCCGGCGAACCUCCUUUCGAAGGUCGUGAAGACAGGCCUUGGAAAUGAAGAUGUCCUGGGCCGAACCUUGGAGUCAACGACCACGGUCUUCGAGGAGUAUCCCAAUUACGACGGUGAUUCGCCUCUGACAUCUGGUGGCGUGAAGGUCGAGUCGGACGACACAACGCAGACCCUCAGCUGGCUGUUCACGCAAGGCUUGGACCCCCGGUGCACGGAGGCUGAGUGCACCGACGCCAACUGCUGUGGCGUUCACAUCCACGAGGGCACGACCUGCUCGGACGCCGACGCCAUCGGUGGCCACUACUGGAACAAGGAGCUCUAUGCUGAAGAUCCUUGGAAGGAUGUGCGCUACGUGAUUCAGGGUUCCAUGCCGUCGGCGGUCAACGACCUCAGCGUCACAACUGGCUUCGCGGCCGAGGACAUCAACGGACGAGCCGUGGUGGUUCACGACUACAACAGCGUUCGCGUUGGCUGUGCCAUCAUCGAGUUGCCUCCGGACGCGACGCCUGUGGAGGGUGAUGACCUGUACGUUUUUGACUUCAGCCCGUAUCCUGGCUCCUCAUCUCCUUUCCAACCACAGGGAGUGGUCGAAGUCAAGUCCACGGAGGAUAGCACGACGGUUCUGUCUUGGAGCCUGACGGGACUCGACCCCGGUUGCAGCAGCCAGUGCAGCCAGACGAAUUGCUGCGGCAUCCACAUCCACGAAGGCACGAGCUGCUCAGAGGAUGCCGGCCCCCACCACUGGGGUGGCGAUGGAGCAGAUCCAUGGCUGUCCGUGAAGUACGACUCCAGUACCGACCCAGCCAACGUCCUCUCCUUGGAGGUCGACACGGGCCUCGCUCGCAGUGAUGUCCUGGGCCGAACCUUGGUGAUCCAUGAUGCGACCGGCGCACGAAUUGCUUGUGGCAUCAUCGAGGAGUCAACGACCACGGUCUUCGAGGAGUAUCCCAAUUACGACGGUGAUUCGCCUCUGACAUCUGGUGGCGUGAAGGUCGAGUCGGACGACACAACGCAGACCCUCAGCUGGCUGUUCACGCAAGGCUUGGACCCCCGGUGCACGGAGGCUGAGUGCACCGACGCCAACUGCUGUGGCGUUCACAUCCACGAGGGCACGACCUGCUCGGACGCCGACGCCAUCGGUGGCCACUACUGGAACAAGGAGCUCUAUGCUGAAGAUCCUUGGAAGGAUGUGCGCUACGUGAUUCAGGGUUCCAUGCCGUCGGCGGUCAACGACCUCAGCGUCACAACUGGCUUCGCGGCCGAGGACAUCAACGGACGAGCCGUGGUGGUUCACGACUACAACGGCGUUCGCGUUGGCUGUGCCACCAUCAAGAUCUGUGUGGAUAGCAAGUCCACUGUGAAGGGCGCCAUUGAGAAGCUCGAGGAGGCCGUCGAUCAGAUCAAGGAUGCGCUUUCGGACCUGAGUGCAAUGGUGAAUGGCAGCAGCAAGGGGGGGCACUCCGGCUAUCACUCCUCGCACUACUACGGCACUUACGGGACGGACAAGCAGACACCGUACAAGUGCAACAACAUCUGCGCGGACAUUUGCCAGACCCAGCACCCCGAGCCGGCGCACUGCCAGCAUCAGUGCAAAACACGGCAGAAUGCCAUCCUGGACAUCGCUCAGGUCUACUGCGCCCAUGGUCUUUGCUCCAGCCUCAUCCAGACCAACGAGACAAACGAAGAGGUCGGGCUGCUGCAGAGGCGAACGCAGCGUUCAGAAGAGGAGCUCGAGGCGGAAGUCGGGCUGGGAGCACAAUGCCGCCAGACCUGGAAGUAUUGUCAGCUCUUCUGCAAGCGCGGCUUCUUGCUCCCGCUCGAGGACGCAUACGAUGAGAUCCGGAAGUGCAGGGCGGAAUGCGAGGCCAACUUUAUGGCCUUCCAGGACCCCCUGCAGAAGUAUGUGGACGCAGGCUGCUGUGCUUCGUGA